GGAGCCAAUGGAGGUGCAUCAAAAGAGAUGUAUGUGAAAAGGAUCAUGUGGUCUAAAUGCGUGAAACCUGAGCUUCCCUGGCACAGUAAGGCUGCCAGCAGUGUGAGAAGGUCUUUUGGGAAGAUGUCACCAGUCAAGACCGCCGUGCACACUGAACAGGAGCCUCACAUCAGAGCCACCCAGAAUGAGGGAAAACCCAGCCAGUCACAGGCCAAACUCCAUGAGACACCUGUAUGGACCCAGAGAGCCAAGGAGCAAAUUAAAAGUGCAUUGAAGCCCCUGGAAUCCCCAGCCAAUAAGGAGCCAACGUUAACAACUGCACCACAAACACCUGAGUGUAGCAACAAGGCAGGAUGGUUUAAUGUACUUGAGAACCAGCCCAGGACAAAGUCAGUCCGGCAGAGUUUGAGGGUCCAUCAGAUGACACCAGAUGACGUCAGUCUAUUUUAUUUUCUUGAGAAUCAACACGCUCAGCAAGUUGAAACAAUUGAAGAUAUUGUGACCUGCUUAAUAGGCGAAAUCUAUUAUGAUGAGACAGGUACCCAACUAGACACCCCCAUUCCUGGCCUGAGUGAAACGGCUUUGGACCUCAUUGAUAAUGUGGUUGAUGAGUUAAAUAACACCCCAAGUGACCUGUCUAGUUUACAUACCGACGAGUCUCUGGUCCUCCCAUCUAGUUAUAAACAUCAGGUGGCCAAGAGUGUUCACAAAGAAUUGCUUUCCUGCACUGGUUCCCAAGAAAGCUUGUGGAAGGAUGUAUCAUCGGGACACAUGGUGAAAGAGAUUGCCAGCUCAAUCUCUCUGGAGGUGUCCAAUGUAACCAGCAGGAUUGGGGCUAUCUAUCACACUAGUGCCGAUCACACUGAUAAUCCAAUCUCACCCGGCCCCAGAACAGACACAAAUGCUUCCUGGGUGUCCUGUGCAGCCUCAGACAUCUCUGAAGAUCUUGUCCUCAGAAUCCUAGACUUCAUAUCAUACUGUCGGUCACCAGACAGCACCUGGAAUGGGCCACAGAGCCGAUGCUCCACUGACAUGACUGGAGAUCUCAUGGAUGCAGUCAUGGUGGAGCUCUUCACUAACACAGCCAUGCUGACGAUUCCAGUAGGUGAGCACCAGAAAAAAUGGUGCAAACCCUCCCCUACAGAUCUGGAGAAAGCUGCCAGAUUAGUGUAUAAGAAGAUGGUAAAGGAAACUGGCUCAGCUGAGGCUUUGCAAGACGCUCUCAAGCUCAGAAGGAAGUGUGUAGUCACAGCACUGGCUGACGUAGUGGCAAAGCAAGUGUACAAGCUCUUCUCAGAAGAGGAGUCAGACUCCACAUAUCUCCCAGACCAAACCAGCCACAAAGAUGACUGCCCUGUUACAAGCCACAGUAACAAACAACUCACACCUGAGCUUGCUGCUGCUCAAUCUGCCAGUGAGUGCAUAGUGAACUGCAAGGCUGUGUGGGAGAUCAUCUCCAGACUGCUGCAGGAGAUUUGUCCUAACGUGCCCAUGGAAGAAAAGCCCCAACUUUAUGCUCAGGAUCUUUUUCAUAGUGCUAUAAAUAAGCUGUCUGAGUCUCCAGGGGUAGCAGUAUGUGCUGAUGAGACUAUCUGUGACGUCUGCCGCCAUCCACAGGCCAUUGAGUUAAUCUGCGGCCGUGUUCUGGAGUGCCUGCAAUUUCAGAUGAACCUCAUGGGCUACAAUUUAAGAUCUGCCCUGGAUGCCCAAGAUGAGGCUCUCAGCUACUUUAUUGUUGCUCAUCUUGUGCAAGAGACCCUGCUGUUGAUCUCAAAUCAGACCAAUGGCAGCUCCCCUGAAGUAGACUCAGGUUCCCACCAUCAACCUGAGAGUCAAACACAACCAUGUGUAGUGAGCAGCAAAGUAAAUGAUGAAGAUUGGCCCACUUGUCAGUCAAACAUCACUGUACCAAAGGGCCAUUCCACCAUUUCUGCAUCCAAGGGCUUGUCCCAUAGGGCUUGCUUUUCCACUGUGUUUGCAACCAAGGGCCUACCACAGAUGCCAGGUCAAACAUACACUGGCAGAAGAAGGCACACAGUCCUGAGUGUGAAAAUAAAAAAGCACUCUCACAGAGGAAUUCAUAUCACACCGUCAGAAAGGAUAAUUCGGUUGAAGGAAAUGCAGAGGGAGUCAUCUUCUGAGGUCUCAUCAGUUUCAGUGGAGAUGUUUUCUGAAAGCCAUGGACACAGAAGAGGGUGUUUUGGAUGGCUCCUCUCUAAGCUUAUGUGCACUGAAGACAUCCACUGGUUCGAGUAAUGUUUGAGUGUAACCAAACAUUCAAACCUAAGGUGGAGGAAUGUAAAUAAAUCAAAGCAAGCCUACUUUGACCUUCUAUUGUGAUUCAGUAACAGGUGAUUCACCGUGGUUUCAGUAAGUCAUAUAAUUUCCAUUAUAUGUAUAGUCAUUUCGGUUGCCGACCUUCCAUAGCUAGCUAAGUAUAUGACACAAACAUUAUUUGCUGGUUUGAAUGACGUUUGAACAACAGCAUAGCAUAUUAUGAACACGGUGCCAGAAACAUUCCAUUUAAAAACAUACAGUGCCUUCAGAAAGUAUUCACACAUUUCAUUAUAUUGUGACGACCCUGGGUUUAUAUGCAUGAGCAUGCUUUUGCGGCACAGUCGAUAGCGCGCCGGACCUCAGACUAGAAGGUCGAGGGUUCGAGACCUGCUCCUGCUGUUACAUUACAAUAUGUAUAGUCAUUUCGGCUGCCGACCUUCCACAGCUAGCUAAGUAUAUGAAGCAAAGAUUAUUUGUUGGUUUGAAUGAUGCCUGAACAACAGUAUAGCCUAUUAUGAACACAGUGCCAGAAACAUUCCAUAAAAAAAUAUACAGUGCCUUCAGAAAGUAUUCUCACUAGGACAAUAACCUAAAAUGCACAAUCAAAUCUACACCGGAGUUGCUUGCCAAGAAGACACUGAAUGUUCAUGAGUGGCAUAGUUAUAGUUUAUACUUAAAUCUGCUUGAAGAUCUAUGACAAAACCUUAAAAUGGUUAUCUAGCAAUGAUCAACAACCAAUUUGACAGAGCUUGGAGGAAAAAAAUGAAAAAAUUAUGAAGAAAUGUUGCACAAUCCAGGUGUGGAAAGCUCUUAAAAGACUUACCCAGAAAGACUCACAGCUGUAAUCGCUGCCAAAGGUGCUUCUACAAAUAUGCAAAUGAGAUAUUUCUGUUCAUAAUAAUAAUAUUUGCAAAAAAAAUGUUUAAACAUGUUUUCACUUUGUCAUUAUGGGGUAUUGUGUGUAGAAAACAAACUAGAAUUCAAGUUGUAACAACAAAAUGUGAAAUAAGUCAAGGGGUAUGAAUACUUUUGGAAGGCACUGUAUAUUUUGAAAUGCUAUAAAACGAAGAACAAUUAGUGUGACAGCAAAAAUUAUAAUUUUUUAUUUGGGGGAUGGGGGAAGGUCUGUUAGAAGUUAGUAGAGCUCUUUUUAAUUUUCUUAGUAGAGUUAUGUGGUGUGGUGGCAUAUUGCUGCCAGUCAAAUUUGUUUUAUGUCAUGUCACAAGUAGAGAUGAAACGGUAUGAAAAUUUCAUACCACGAUUAUAGUGACCAAAAUUAUCACAGUUAUCAGUAUUGUUAAAAUGUGCUGGAAAUGUUAAAGUACUGAUACACAUACUGAAAUAAUUUCACCAAGUUUUAUAUUGAAAACUAACAAACAACAAAUAAAAUUAGCAGCAAUAUGCACUUUUUGCAUUGUGCAUAAACAUGAAAAUAAUAACAUUAACAUUAAAGAUGGCACCAUGUGGCCAUGAGAGGUAAACGUUUCCCUAGUGCAGGUUUGAAUGAACACAACCCUAAAUAAGCAAAUCAAAUGUGCAUAUAAAAGCAACACAAGUAAAGCAAUGUGCAUGUAAGAGCAAUACAACCAUAUGGCAACACAUCCAAUGUGCAUGUAAGAACAAUACAACCAUAUGUAAACAAAUCCAAUGUGUAGGUGUUGACAUUAAAAUAACAACACAAAAUAUGUAAACAAAUUAAAUUAACAGCACUGAUUGUCUGUCUGUUCUCUCCUUCAUAGAGAAAUGAGGUGCUUCUGGCCUAACAUCCUGUAUGUAUGCAUAUUUCUUCACUUGAGAUUGAAAUGUAAAAAUGUGAGCAUAUAUACUUUGUCUGGUUUAAGCAGUGACCUGCAAGGGGAGACAAUGUGCUGGCACUGAACACUCUCUGAUGGCACGUUGGUUGCUGGGAUGCACAAAAGCUUCCUGGCAACCCUGGCAAGGUGAGAAAGCUCUGAUUGCAUGGUCUAUCUUCUGUGUUGCGUUUGAGUAAUUGCAAUGAACCCAACAAUUGACAUAAAUACAGGAGUCUUGUAUAGGAGUCUACAGUGUUUCUCCUGUUGGAACACUUUUACAACCAAGUCCACGACUGCCGGAUUUUAAAUUAACAAAAUAUGUUGGUUGUGUGACUAAACUACAUAACGUGUUAUCGUGUGCAAUGUGCGGAUAAAGCCUGCAGAGACACACGAGGUGUAAACAGGUGUAAAAUAUACUUGAUGUAUUUCACCAAAAAUCCCUAAUUUAUUUUAAUUUAUUAUUCAAAAGUUAUUUUGAGAAGUACCCUACUUUCAAGAGUGAAUUAUUUUAUUGUAUUUAUUUAAUCAAAUGUAUGUUAAUGCGGUGAUGUCAUCAACGGGAGCCAUGAUUUUACUCAGUUUGCUCAGAGCCUGAUGAGGAGAGCUAUGUGUUAUGUAUGCUCCGGUCUUUUGAAUACACAUGUUCACAAAUGCACAAGAAAAGACAAGCAAAAGUUAUAUUGUCACUGAUUUAGUGUUGCAUUACUGUUUAUAGUAAUAUAUAUUUAGGUGAAUAGGAAUAAUGUUCGAGUGCAACUUUGCAUGGCUAACCCAGCUACCGUUAGCUUUGUUGCGGGAGUGGGUCUCUUCAAGGUGCAGGCAGCUUGAGUUUUCUGAUUAUUUUCUUACAGGUAUUCUGCACUGUCUUUUAUCAGACAAAUAUACUUGUAUGGGAGUCCAGACGGCAGCAUUAACUUUUGCCUUGUAUUUGUACCCAUUCCAUGCGGGUAUGUUGUGAAAUGUGACGAUUUUGUAUUUCAUGUUUAAUGUGCCUAGUUAGCUGUCGUUCAUUUAAAAUGGUGUUGCUUCAUUAGUAUAUCUCGGGUAUAAUGGUAAAAUAGUACACUCUCUAAGAAAUAUUGAGCACUUAUUAGUAGAUUAUUGGUGUACAACAUUUAUAAAACGAAAUGGGAGUCUUUGUACAAAAUGUUCAUAUUUUAAAAUGUAUUUUUUUGUUGAUGCUUUUACUCCUGAGUUUGCUCAUAGUGUGAUGAGGAGAGGCAAAAAUACUUGUAAGGGAGUCCAGACGGCAGCAUUAACUUUUGCCUUGUAUUUGUACCCAUUCCAUGCAGUCAUUAAAAGAGAGACAACCUGCAGAA